AUGAUGAGAGCAAUCGCCAGUGUCCUCACGAGAGAGGCCGUCCUUGCCGCAGGACUCAUCGCGGGACUCUUCUCACUGCAAGCCGCUCCGGUCGACGCCGCGACGGCAUCCCAAUGUCCCGUCCCUGGCCAGAUAUGUUUCCAAUGGGCCGUCCCCGAAGCCGCUGCCUCGUCUGGCUCCGGCAGCGUCUACUUGCAGAUGCGCGCGCCGACGUCCUACGAAUGGGUCGGCCUGGGCAUCGGCAGCCGCAUGAACGGCGCCGACAUGUUUGUCAUGUAUACCGACGGCGCUGGCAACGUGACGCUCAGUACAAGACGCGGCCUGGGCCACGUCAUGCCCCUGUACAGCCCGAAGGCUGGCGUUGAGCUGCUCGCUGGCUCGGGCGAGAUGGAUGGCCAGAUGGUUGCCAAUGUCAAGUGCAAUAGCUGCUCCAGGUUGACGUUGGGGUCGUCGAAUGCCUGGUUGAGCGCGUGGAAGCAGGGAACCGGGCUGGCCUCGACCAAGCCCGACGCGCAGAUUGACUAUCACGACGGGAAUGCCGUGUUCUCCGUGGACUUUUCCAAGGCAACCAUUCCGUCGGAUCAGAAUCCAUUCGCGAGCGGCGAUGGAAACGGCGGAAAUGCCACAUCCGCCCCUGGUGGUGAUGGCCACGGUGUUGCUGUCGUGCAGGGGGAUCCCGUCCGGACGCUCCUCUACGCCCACGGCAUCAUUAUGUCCGCCGUCUUCGUGCUGGGAUAUCCCAUCGGCGCGAUGCUGAUGCCGCUCCUGGGCAGAUGGGCCAUGCACGCAGGCUGGCAGCUCGUCACCUUCAUGGCCAUGUGGGCCGGUGUUGGAGUCGGAUACGUUCUCAGCCGCCGGACUGACCUGCAAUGCCACUCGCAACUUGGCAUCAUCUUGGCCUGCCUCGUCAGCCUACAGCCUCUGCUGGGCUACCUCCACCACCGGCACUAUCUCAAGAGUAAGCAGCGCGGCAUCGUCAGUCACUUCCACAUCUGGUACGGCCGCCUGCUCAUCAUUCUGGGAGUGAUUGACGGCGGCCUUGGCCUCCAGCUCGCCGGCAAUGACUACACCUUUGUCGUUACAUAUUGCGUUUUAGUGGCCGUCGUUGCCGCUGCCUAUGUUGCCGUCGUCCUGUUCAAGAUGAGACGGACGAGACGCGCCGGAGUGCCAAGGGGAAGUCCUGGGAAUGCAAAAAUACCCGGGGCUGGUUCGGCCACCACAUAG